AAACGGAGAGAAAAACAGAGAUGAGGAAAUCCAAUUGUUCCAUCUUCAUCAAUCUACUGGCAGUUCUGUGCAUCUCUGCUGCGUGCGCUGCCCAGGAUUUUGAUUUCUUCUACUUCGUUCAACAGUGGCCAGGGUCGUACUGUGACACACGGCAAAGUUGCUGCUACCCAGCCACAGGAAAACCAGAGGCAGAUUUCGGCAUUCAUGGGCUUUGGCCUAACUACGACGACGGCUCCUACCCAUCCAACUGCGACUCUUCUUCCUCUUUUGAUCAAUCCCAGAUAUCAGACCUGGUGAGCCAAAUGCGAGAGAGUUGGCCAUCUCUGGCAUGCCCCAGCAGCAGUGGGAUUAAGUUUUGGACGCACGAGUGGGAAAAACAUGGCACCUGCUCCGAGUCCGUCCUCGACCAGCAUGCUUACUUUGACGCUGCUCUCGCCCUCAAAUCCAAAGCCGACCUCCUUCAUGCCCUCGCUACUGCGGGGAUUCAGCCAGGGAGUUCAUACCGCAUAAACAGCAUCACAGGGGCAAUAAAGAGUGCAAUUGGGUUCACUCCCGGCAUAGAAUGCAAUGUGGAUGACUCAGGAAACACUCAGCUUUACCAAGUUUAUCUCUGCGUCGACACUUCUGCCUCCAAUUUCAUUAAUUGCCCUGUUCUCCCCAGAGGAAGGUGCUCUUCCACUGUUGAGUUCCCCUCCUUCUAAGAUGCCCUCCUCUGUUUCUCUCUGUCUCUCCUCUCUAUUUAUAUAUAUAUAUAUAUAUAUAUUUGGAUAGAUCUCUGUUCAUCACCAGUUUGGAAUUCAAUGUUGAAGGGCCCAAUUCUUCUCGCAAUGAAUAAAAUGAUUGAAAAUAGUGCCAAUUAUUUCA